UAAACAGUGCACCUCCAACUGUGCUGGGAACGCAGCCUGUGAUACUGCACCUGGAUGCGCAUGCGCAUGUCUGAAUCCAACACGGAAGUGAUUUCGCUUUACAACUGCAUGUUGUUUUUAACCGUAAUCGAGGGACGAUGAGAUUCACUUGAGAGUGAGAAGUGAAGGAGGGUAAUAAGAGAGAAAAUGCCAGCUCGGAGCAGUGUAACGGGUGGACUGCCCAACAGCAAAGUGAGAUACUCCAAACUAGCCAGUGAUGAUGACGGCUACAUUGACCUUCAGUUCAAAAGAAGCCCACCCAAGGUCCCAUAUAAGGCGAUCGCCCUGGCCGCUGUUCUUUUUCUUAUUGGCUCAGUUUUAAUCACCAUUGGAGCUCUGCUCUUAGCUGGAUACUUUGAAGUUCAAGAUCACCGUGAGCGCACUAUACCUGUCCUCAUCAUUGGAAUUCUGGUCUUCCUCCCAGGAUUCUACCACUUGCGGAUUGCCUUUUAUGCCUAUAAGGGUUACCGCGGCUACUCUUACGAUGAUAUCCCAGACUUUGAUGACUGAGUAAGAUAGAACAGUGUUUUAUCAAUGUGAUCUUUCCUGUAUCUGCAUAUACAGCAUCAGUCUAGAGAGGCUUGCAUUUGUAGAACAUAAAGGUUUUCACCUGGAAAAACAGCUGGUACCUUGAGCCUAAAGAAUCCAAUAUAUGGAUUUAUAAUCCAUAUUUCAGAAACAUAAAAAAUGUUUCUAGCAGUGGUGAUGCUAUGCUAACAUGUAAUUGUCUUUUGUGCAUAUUAAAAUUGAGGUGAGAGGAAGCAAGCUAUUUGAAAUGUAUAAAUAUUUCUGUUCUACUUUUCAAUAUUGUGUUUGAUGUGUUUCUACUGUAGAAUAGGUUCAUAUGAGGAGCAGAAUCCUGUCAUUAUCCGUGGGUCAGACAGAACUGUAUUAGAUCAGGUUUGAAGUCAGGUGAAUUGAAAUAUAUAAUGUCUAGACCAUUCUGUGACUGGGUUUCCUGCUAAAUCAUUAGUACUGAUUUUUUUAUGAUUUGCCUUUAUUACCAUGUAAUAAAUAUCAGAGUUU